AUGAUGAUGUUACGAUGGAUUGCCAUAAUGUAUCCAAAGAGUCAGAAAAUCAAGACCAUCAGCAACCCUAUAUUUGGAGUACUUGUCAUUCUAGGAGUGAUGAUGAUUUGUUGUCUAUGGGAUUCUUCUCGCUGGUUACAGUAUUCUAUUCGGAACUUGAAGGAGAGAAAAGAUUGCUUUGGGCAGAUGAUCGAAAAUAAUCGUUAUGAGUACCAUUCCUCUUCCAAACACCGGAAAACUUUACAGUCACUCGCUCAAAUGGACGGUGUGUCUCAUGUGAUCACCUGCUUGAUUUAUCUUUUUACUUUAUCUGGACUCGUUGUUCAACUACACAAAAUAAAGAACAGCAGACGAAAUUUUCACAAAAAAGAAGUAGAUAAAAAUUCCAUCAUACUGAUUUUCGCCACUUCAUUCUUCAUCUAUGAGUUAUUUGGUGGAUCGGUUUUUCUGAUGAACAAACUUGCUCCGUCGCUAAGUUUAAACUCUCACUUUAUCUUCAAUCAAACAAAGUGUUUUUCGUCUAAAAUAUUCGUGAUCUGUUCGUUAGUUCAAUGUGUGAUUCCAUACAUUUUAUCAGCUGAGUUUCGUCAGACUGCAGUGCGAACUUUCUUGAGGAGAUCGAAGAAGAUGCACAUUGUUUCGAUAUCUCCGAGUGUUAACAAGGCUUGGUCAAGGGCAAGUAGUUCGGAACGAUUUCGAAUCAUGCAGUUACAGUGA